AACAGCAAUAGACAAAUUCAGUUUACGUUUGUUUUUAAAAUUUAAAUUAUAAAAAUCUAUCAUUUUUUUAAAUCGUUGUUCUAAUAUUUUGUUUUUAAAAUGGAUAAUCUAUUACAGCCAGUAUUAGAAAGUUAUCCCAAACUAUCAAUAGAAAAACAAAUUUGUCCAAGUUAUGUGGAGAUGUAUACAAAAAACAAAACAGAAAUUGUAAUGGUUUUUGUUAAGAAUAAGCUAUCUGCUAAUGCAAUAGAUAACAAAGUUGAAAGAGACAACAACAUCGAAACAGAGGAAUUGGAAUUAACUGGAUCUCCACUCAAAUUGGAUUUGAGUUUGCACACGUUAUUGGAUGAUACACUGUUAACUGAUGAACCACAGCUGUGGAGUAAGGAGGAAGCCAGCCAUCUACCAGUUGCCAUCAGCAAAGCUAGAGAUAUUGCAAAUCUAUAUAACAGAAGUCUAAACACAGCAUCAGCAGAGGAAGCUGUACCUAUGUGGAUAUUAACCAACCCACUUGAUGAGAACAAACCUCUUCUGCUGACUAUACAAUCUGAUGAUCAUCACUUUGCUAGAGGCAUUGUUACGUAUGAAGGAUCCAUGACCUUAGAGGAAGUGGAUCUUAAUAAUUUAGUGCAGCAGUAUGCAGCACAGGAAAAUAUUAUCUCAGAUAUGAUUAAUGUUACUGUUGACUGUAAAUACUUACUGUCUGGCAUUUCAUAUGGAUCUCUCACUACAGAUGAGUUAUUGAAUGCACCCAGUGGCGGUUUAACUGAGCUACACUGUGAAUGGCAAGGAAAAACUUUGUCAACCCCAUUUUUAAGCUGUAAAGUUAAUUUCGAGCAAGAAGUAAUAGUAGGACAUUUAGCUAGUCCAUGUAAUGCUAUAUGGAAGUCUGUAUGUUCAUUGCACAAUAUAAAUCAACUAUUGGUUGAUAUGACAGCAGCUGGAUAUUCUUCAGUCAACUUAGAGACUGCUAUUAUACGAAACUACACUGUUGGGAUGAAAAAGGCUAACAACAAAAAACGGUUAAGCGAGCUCCUCAACGAAACUGAGACAUAUGCUUAUACGGCAGAAUGCCCUACUGGUGGGUGCACUUGUGUGACUGAGGACACUACCAGUUUACGACAGUGUCUCUCCGCUAUGAAUGCUGAGGGAUCCAGUAACGACUUCACAUAUAAAUUGUGGGAUAUUUUACGAGAUUGCGAGACUGCUGAAGAGCUAGUGACACUACUUAUACAAGCUCUUAAAUUCAUUUCUUCUGGCAAAAUCAGACCAUUUAUUGAUGCAAAUAAUAAAACCUACCUAUCAAAAUUGGUACUGAAAUUAUCUCGUGGACAUUCCCAAACCGCUAAAGUAUUGAAGAAUCUUCGGUCAAGUUCACCCCAAGCAUUGUCAUUAGCAGCUCAGGUUGGAACUGAGAAAACUAUGUGGGAAUACACUAGAGUUAUGUCCCUUCUAGAACAUUCCUUUUAUAUUGCUGGUAUUUGGACUACUGAAGUGAGAUCCCACGAGUCUAUAGAACAGAUAAACCAAACAAUUCAAGACAUGACAAUGGGCGGGGAUUUCACACUUAAUCCAUUCGAUAAUAUAUCAUCAGCUGAACACUCGAUUAGACUCGAUUGUGAAUCAUUUUACGUUGACGAUAAUAAUGAUCUCACUGUUGAUGAUUUCGCAUCAUUGAAGAAACACGGCCUUGUUGCUGAAAAGAAAGAUGUGAAUGAGGUACCUCUAAUAGCUGAUGAGAUCGACAUAAGCCCGUGGAAACAUCUAUUGAUGAAAUUCGCCCAAGUUCAUGUCUGUUUGGAGCACCUAUAUCGCGCUGAAACUUGUUUGAGAGCAGAUUUUGCAAACCUUAAACCGAUAGCUAGUCGUCUGUUAGAACACUAUGUUUCUGAACGGUCACCCAUCAAAACAGUCGGUCAAUUAUUAAGUGAUCCAGUUCAGAAGAUAACUAUGCCAAUAGCAAACAAUAUAGUGCAGGACCAUUUGAAGAAACCAGCAUAUUGGUAUCGUGCUGUGAUAGAUCGAAAGGAAAAUUCAGAGGAAAGAUUAAGCCGCGAGUGUAAACACACCUAUUUAUUCACCCAACAACCAGUCUUUCCUCCUUCAGUUUGGCAGAAUUUGGAACCACCUACAGAUGAGGUUACUGAAAUAACAACAAUUGGAGAAGAAUUGAAAUAUCAUACCACUAAAUUCACAUUCUUAAGCAAUAGAGUAAUUAGUAAAUUGACUCUUUAGAAUUGUACCUCGCGUCUUGACUCCUGAAAAUCAGUGCCUUAUUUUUUAUUAUAAUAU